AUGUAUCCUGCUGUGAAUUGCACUCUUGUGUCUUUGGUCCCUAAAGGUAAUGGUGGAAACUGUGUGAAGGACUUUAGACCAAUUUCUUGCUGCACUACCUUGUAUAAAAUCAUAUCUAAAAUUUUGACUAGCAGAUUGAGCUUGGUCCUCACUAGUAUUGUUAAUCCAAGCCAGACUGCUUUCAUCCCUGGCCAGAAUAUCCAUGACCAUAUUUUACUAGCAUAUGAAUUGACCCAUGGAUACAUCAGAAAUGGUGGAACACCUAAAUGUAUUUUGCAACUAGACAUCCAAAAGACCUAUUAUACUCUUGACUUGUAUGCUCUAGAGUGUAUUCUCAAGGAUUUUUGA